CACACGUACUUGGGAGAGGCUAUUGCUAUUUAACCAAGUCACGUCCGCUGUUGCCAGACACUUGGUGCUAAAGCAGACAGGUUUUAAGAAGACAUGAAGGCUCUCAUCUUCUGCAUGGUAGUGCUGUUGGCUGUGUCCAGUGGUUUCGCCCUGGACUGCAUCCACUGUGUGCCAAAGAAAGCGGGAGAGAGCUGCACAGAGACCACUGCAACCUGCCCUCCGGAGAAGGACGCCUGCGCAGCAGCCAGGUUCCUCAGACCACCACAUGGCUACUACCAGAAGUGCAUGAAGAUGUCUGACUGUAAGAUGCUGCAGACCAAUUCCUACAUCAACAUCAAUUGCUGCCAGAAUGAUCUCUGCAACGUCUUCCAGCAGGACCUCUGAAGUCAACAAACAUGACCAGACGGAGACAUUGAACCUAGACCUCUGAAGUCUACACACACGCAUGCAGACAUGUAGACAUUUAACCGGAACAUGACCAGACAUAGCCUUUAACUUUCACCAGGAUCUCUGAUCUCUCAAAAAACACAUGCAGACAUUUGUAAAUAAAAGGGUUAAGUGAAACACCUGGAUAAGUUAGUCUACAGAAAGUGGUAAACCUGCCACUAGAUAUUCUUCAUUGAUCUUGUAAAUGAAAACUUUCUUAGCUCUUUUAUUAGCAGAUUUUUCCCACUUAUUUUCAGCCGAUUUACUACUGGCCCACCAUCUUGGAUUCACCCCUAGUACUUCCGAUCUCUCCAAACACAUCCAGACGUAAACUUUAACUUCUAUCUGUUUUUCUCACCACUGGUUCACUAGGAGGAAGCUACCUCUCUGCACACUGUACAUGUAACAACAGGCAGAAUUUGACGUUACAAUAAAAUAUUAAUAUAAAUUAGA